UGUUAUCCCUAAAAUUUGAAAGGAAAACAUUUUCCUAAAAACAAAAUAUGCAUCUCGCUUCCACCCCUCCCCCGGGUUGGUUCCCAAAUUAGUCGAUUCUCUCCCUUCUCUCUGUCGAUCUCGCUUCACUCCAAUUUCUCUCAUCUUCAAUCUCGGGUUUUAAGAUCCUCCGCCAUCACACCAAUCUAGGGUUUUGGCGAACCUUUACUCUAUUCUCCUCCACUUGCCGCCCCACCAAUCUAUUGUUUUCCAGCAACAACAAGGCUCAUCCUGCUCAUGAGAAGUUCAUAAACAAAAAGAUUGAAAUGUUUUGAAGAAAUGUCCCCAGCGUGUGGGAAUGAUCAAGCUAGGGGUGAUUGUAAGUCGUUUGAUAAUAUAGGCUUGGAUUGUAGUUCAGAGAAAGGUAAUGAUAAUGACGUUGAAGGACCAUCUAAGGAAAAAGAUGUGCAAGAUGUAGUAAGUAAAACUUCUCAAGUCAAAGCAAGCUGUAAACGAAGUCGUUCUUCUGAUGUGCAAGAUGUGGUCAAUGAUAUAUCAUCAAAACUUGGAGAAGUGGUAAUGACAAUCAGUAAGAUAGCUGAUAGUCGACUAGAUGUGACAAGAUUGCACGAAGAAAUUAUGGCAAUGGAAGGUUAUGAAGAAGAGUUCUUAGGUGAAGCUUUUGAUUAUUUGGUGCAAAGUGAUAUGUUAGCUAAGGUAUUCAUGGCGAAAAAUCAGAAUCUCCACAAGGUUUGACUGGAAAAAUUCAAGCGACAACACUAAAAUACACAAAUGGGGUUGAAAGAACAAAGCUAGAAUAUGAAGCAAUUGUUAUAGAAAAA